UUCCUAGGUGAAAGAAUUCUAUUGUUCAUAAUCAGAUCCAUCGCAUAACUGAAACUGCUGUCUGAACUGUCAACUACUCCAUCCAUUCUAAAGGCAUAUGAUCCUCACCCUUGGAGAAAAUUUUUGCACUGACAAGCAAGCAUUUUUCAACAUGACUAUUCAUUAAAGCGCUAAGUAUUAGAUCUUUCAGGAAAUAGCUCAGAUUUGGUAUUCUGAAAUUACCUUUUCCACAGCAUUUUGAGAUAUUAGAUCUGGAAAAAUGGUAUAAAAUAUUUUCUUCAUGUGUUGAAGAUUGCUUUGGUGUAGCUGAAGUUAUUUCCCCACACAACAAAUGUUCAGCAAUGGCUAUGACUGAUAUCCUUUCUGCUCAAGAUAUUGAAGCUGCUCUUACCAGCUGCAAGGCUGCUGACUCUUUCAACUACAAGUCUUUCUUCUCCAAGGUUGGUCUAAAAGGCAAGUCUACUGACCAGGUAAAGAAAAUUUUUGGAAUCCUUGACCAGGACAAGAGCGGCUUCAUUGAGGAAGAUGAGCUUCAGCUGUUCCUGCAGAAUUUCUCCUCAAGUGCCAGAGCUCUAACUGCUGCUGAGACCAAGGCUUUCAUGGCUGCAGGUGACACUGACGGUGAUGGCAAAAUUGGAGUGGAUGAAUUCCAGGCUCUGGUGAAGGCAUAAAGAGCAUUAGACCAAAAGCAACAAUGGACAGUCUCUUCAAAUUCCCUCCUCCAACAAGCACCUCACACUCAGCACAUAUUUGUACAUUUUUAUAUUGUCUCAUGGCAUUAGUAAAAUGCCUGUAUGUUAACUCCACAUAUGGGACUGUUAAGAGAUCUUGCAAUGUACAGGUAUUUUGGUCAUGUGG